AUGGGUAAAAAAGACCGUGGAAUGAAAAUCAGCGAUGUACAAAAGAAAAUCAAAAACAGCUAUAUUUUCAAGCAUGGAGAUGUUGUUUUGUCCAGUUCUACAAUGGGGCAGUUAGUUGAUAAAGCUGCUGAUGAAAAUGGGGAUCAUAUUGCAUUUAUAUCAGCUCACCAAGGCAUUUCAAAAACUUUCUCAGAGUUCAGAAGUGAUGUGAGUAAAGUUGCUUCUGGUCUUGUAUCUCUCGGACUUACUAAAGGUGAUAGGGUUGCAAUUUAUUGCCCAAACUGCUAUGAAUGGCCAUUAGUUCAAUUUGCCACUGCUAAAGCAGGCUUAAUACUGGUAAAUAUUAAUCCAGCACAACAAGCUAGUGAACUUGAGUACAGUUUAAAAAAAGCUGGAUGCAAAGCUUUAAUAAUGUGGGACAAACUGAAGACUCAAGACUUUUAUGAGAUUCUUCUUCAAAUUGUACCAGAAUUAUCCACUAGCUAUCCUGGAAAGCUGAAGAGUCAAAAUAUUCCAACUUUGGAAAGUGUAAUCAUGGUUGCAACAGAGACAAAAGAUGGUAUAAUUAGAAUGGAUGACCUGAUGAACUUGGGGAAUAACGAAAGUGAUAAAUUAUUGGAUGCCCUUGAAAAAUCCGUUCAGUUUGAUGAUCCAAUUAACAUUCAGUUCACCUCUGGUACUACUGGGAAACCGAAGGGGGCUACAUUAUCACAACACAAUAUCAUUAACAAUGCUUUAGUAAGUGCUCGAAGUCUCGGACAUAACUUAUUGAAACCUGUAGUAUGUUGUCAAGUUCCAUUAUUUCAUUGCUUUGGAAAUGUUCUUGGUACGCUUGGAUCUGUAAUAUUUCAAAACACUUGUGUUUUUCCCUAUGCUGGUUUCAAUGCUGCAGCUACUUUAGAGACUAUUGAAAAAUUCAAGUGUACUACUGUAUAUGGAACUCCUACUAUGUAUGUUGAUUUAAUAAAUAACUAUAGAAUGCAAAAUUGCAACAUAAAAUCAUUAAGACACGUUGUUUUGGGUGGAGCUUCAGCUACUGAAUCUUUAAUAAGAGAUGUUCGCAAUGUUUUGAAAGUACCCUACAUUAGUGUUGCAUAUGGUUGCACAGAAAACAGUCCUGCUACUGCAGUAAGCUACUUAAAUGACACUUUUGAAAAUAUUGUCAAAAGUGUCAUGCAACCAUUGGAAUUUGUUGAGAUGAAGAUUAUCAAUGAUGCUGGUUGUUUGGUUCCUGUCAAUACCCAAGGCGAAUUGUGCACAAGGGGUCAUGUGCUCUUUGUUGGCUAUUGGGAUGAUAAAGACAAAACUGAGGAAGCUAUUGAUAAAACACGAUGGUUUCACACAGGAGACCUAUGUGUUAUGAAUGAAUAUGGAUAUAUCCAAAUUGUUGGACGCAAAAAAGACAUGGUGGUCCGGGGAGGAGAAAAUCUGUAUCCUGCAGAGAUAGAAAAUUUUCUAGCAACACAUCCAGACAUAUUAGAGGUUCAUAUUGUUGGUUUGCCUGAUGAAAGAAUGGGAGAAGAACUAUGUGCUUGGAUAGCACUUAAAGGUGACAAAACGAUGACCAAAGAGGAAGUUAAGGAAUUUUGUAAAGGAAAAAUUAGUCAUUUCAAGAUUCCUCGCUACAUUGAAUUUGUAACAGAAUUUCCUAAAACUACAUCAGGAAAAAUACAGAAAUUCAAAAUGAGAGAAAUCUCCAUCAAAAAGUUUAAUUUAUAA